AUAAUUUUUCACCUUUAGGUUGGUAACACUAGUUUUGCUGCCGGUAGUGUUUGUUUUGGCUAAAUGCCAAAAUGAGAGGGAAUUGGAGUGGUGGGAAACAACGGUUUUCUACCAGAUCUAUCCCAGAUCUUUUAUGGACAGUGACGGUGAUGGUAUUGGAGAUCUUAAAGGAAUAACAUCUAAACUGGAAUAUCUAAAGGAACUUGGAGUUGGAGCGACCUGGUUGUCUCCAAUGUUUCAGUCUCCUAUGUACGAUUUUGGAUAUGACAUUUCCGAUUUUUACAAUGUUCAUAAUGAAUAUGGAACUAUGGAAGAUUUUGACAAUUUAAUCAAGAAGGCGAAUGAACUAGAUAUUAAAAUAGUACUCGACUUUGUACCAAAUCAUAGCAGUAACGAAAGUUUCUGGUUUGAAGAAGCCUUGAAAGGCGAUGAAAAGUAUUAUGACUAUUUUGUGUGGGAGGACGGAGUAAUUGAUGAAAAUGGUGUAAUGUAUCCUCCGAAUAACUGGAAUAGCGUUUUUCGCAAAAGUGCCUGGGAAUACAGGGAAGAAGUAGGAAAAUACUAUCUUCACCAGUUUGUAAUUGGUCAACCAGAUUUAAAUUAUCGUAAUCCAGAUGUGGUAGAAGAAAUGAAAAAUGUUAUUAGGUUUUGGUUGGAUAAGGGUGUAGCUGGUUUUAGAGUAGAUGCAAUUGCUCAUUUAUUCGAAGUUGAUAAGGAACUGUUCGGUGGCAAGUACCCAGAUGAGCCUUUGAGUGGACAAAGUACACAUGACCCACAAAAUUAUGAUUAUCUUGAUCAUAUCUAUACAAAAGAUCAGGAAGAGACAUUUGACAUGGUAUACCAGUGGAGGGAAGUAUUUGAUGAAUAUAAAGAAAAAGAUGGUUUAACUAGAGUAAUGAUGACAGAAGCGUAUUCGAGUCCACAAAUAACUAUGAAGUAUUUUGGAAAUGGAGAAAAGGAAGGUGCUCAAAUGCCAUUUAAUUUUGUCCUUAUAUCUGACGUUAAUGGAAAAUCGACUGCUGCUGAAAUGAAGUACGCUUUGGAUAAAUUUCUGACUUUUAAACCAAUGGACAAAUUAGCUAACUGGGUGGCUGGGAAUCAUGAUAAUAACAGGGUCGCUUCAAGAUUCAGUCCCGAGUUAGUAGAUGGUAUAAAUAUGAUUGUGUUGUUACUUCCAGGAAUCGCCGUGACAUAUAUGGGCGAAGAAAUUGGUAUGGUUGAUGGCUUUGUUAGUUGGGAAGACACCGUUGAUCCCAGCGGUUGUAAUACGGAUGAUCCUAUAAAUUAUGUAUCAACCUCUCGCGACCCCGAACGGACUCCCUUCCAAUGGAGUUCAGAAAAGAAUGCAGGCUUUUCUUCCGCUGAUAAAACUUGGCUGCCAGUCGCCGAGGGCUAUGAAAAUUUAAAUGUCGAAGUACAGCGCAACGUGGAGAGGUCACAUUUGAAUGUUUAUAAAAAAAUAGUUAAAUUGAGAGCAGAACCUGCAUUUCGGUAUGGCAGAUACGAAUCGGUGGCUUUUAACUCAGAUAUCCUAGCAUUUAGGAGAUGGCACGAUGGCGAUGUAUAUGUGGUUGUGAUUAAUUUACGUGAACAGGCCUACACAAUAGACCUUUCGUACUUCGAUAACGUUUCCGGAGGUCUUGAGAUUGUUGUUAAUAAUAUUCAUUCAGAAAAGAAUAUCGGAGAUGUUCUUGAAGCUGAGAGCCUGAGCGUAGCUGGCAAUGAAUCUUUAGUGCUAAAAUUAGUCAAGUGAAACAAUAACUUUAAUGCAUCAUAUUUAAUGAACACAUCCCUACAAAAUUCUUAAAUAAACAUCAUUUAAGAACUA